AUGCACGGCCUGACAGCUCCUGCCGAUGUUGUGCUUCUGCGCGCCCCGCAGGCAUACCUCAGAGAAGUUUGGAGCCUCGGACGUUUCCGGAGGGACCGUCGCGAUGAACAUGAAGGCGAACGGAGAGGUUCUAUGGUGAACAUGGUGAGGACCGGGCUCAACACGAUUGUCCUGGCGACGCUCAUUGAAGUGUCGAGGCCUGAAGGGAAGAAGGGCGGGCCAUGGUCUCAGGUCAACGCGGCCUGUGCAAAUGAGCAGCUCGUUGGGACGACGGUUCCUUCGGGUGAGAACUUCAGCAAAUGCGAGGAAACCUCGAACCCAUUCUCUGCUUUGGGCUUGGGCUACUUCGGCCUCAUGCCGGAAAAGGGGCACUACGGCGAGCCGGCGGUGACAUGCAACGCCACCCGUUGUCUGGUGUUCGUCCCGGCGGCGUCUGAUUACGAGGAAGCACAAGGGCUCAGCUACGGCAGCGAAAGGAUUAUUGUGGCUCCGGAUCUGGAUGCAGCCUCCACGCUUUGCAUCUACGCUAUUGCAGUUGGUGGAGAUGACAGCUUCCAUGUGGGGAACAACGUAGAGGACUGUGGCCUUCCAUGCGAAGGGCGCCAUGAGUGCCCGGCCGUCACACUGCCUUACUACCCGGGGUUUGGUGGGCCGAAGGAGGUCAACCCUGGCGGCCAGUGGGAUGUGUGA